CACAAGACCAACUUUUAUCUACCUGCAGGACACGACUCCAUCAGAAUGCUUUUUGCCGCCAUCUUUGCUCUGCUUGCAACUUCUGCAGCAGCUGACUUCCUGCCUCUGUACUCGUACUCCCCGUCAGUGGGAUCAGGAAGUGGAAGCUCGUACACCGUUACUGGGGAGGGACGGAUCACUGCUGUCCGAGUCUGGGAAUACUACAGCGGCUACAUCAGAGGCGUCCAGUUCCGCUACGGCUAUAGUUGGUCCAACAUUGCCGGCUACACAUACGGAUACCCCCAUGAGAUGGAGCUGUACGACGGUGAAGCCAUCGUCCAGAUUUCUGGAAAAUACUCUCACUACCUGCAGACCAUCAUCUUCGUCACAAACCGAGGUCGCUCCCUGUUCGUGGGUCAGCCGUCCGGCACCUCCUUCAACAUGUACCCUGAACACCAGGAGACGGAGCUGGUCUUCAUCAGCGGACGCUAUCACGGAGGCCUCACCUCUCUGGGGGCCCACUGGGCCGUGGUCGACCCCACCUUCAACAUGACCGCCCACUAACUGACUAAACCUGAAUAGUCUUUUUUAAAAGUUUGUUUUCUUCCUUCAUACCGAACAUUGAGUCGUGUUUAGUCAAAGGACUGAAACGCUCUUCACUGGUUGCACUAGAUUUUGUGUUUUUACACAAAUCCAUAAAUAUUAAGCUAUUAAAAAGCUUUUCAUCAUCUGAGCAUCAAAUCAUUAGAUACUGAAACUGAAAAAAAGUUUAAUACUGAUGGGUUUUCUUUUCUUUUUUUUUUGGAACAAUGAAAAUAUGUUGCAAAACUAAUCAACCAAAAUGUAAUGUAUGAUACAAGUUGGUAUUUAAAAAAUAAAAUAGUAGAACUUCCAACACAA